AGUCACGUGGUGAAUGGGUAGGCCGGGCUGGUCGGGGCGCCAUGGAGUCCUCAGGCGCGUUAAAAAUGGGCAUCCUCAUACCCAGCAAUGAAGCGGGCAGACUUAUUGGCAAAGCUGGCGCAGGUCUGAAACAAGUCCGAGAAAUGUCCCAGUGCAAUGUCAAGCUUAGUCAAGAGCCAGACUCUCAAGGAAACAGAAGAUGUGACAUCGGCGGCCCGACCGUUGAGCACAUUGCCAGCGCAGUCCAUGCGACAUCAUCGCGCCUGUUCGCAGAUGGUUCUCCGCCAGGGGGCUGCAAGCUGUAUGUGGCUUUUCCUAACGAGUACAUUGGUGGCAUCAUCGGCAAGGGUGGUGAAAACCUGAAACGGAUUCGGGAUGCCACUGGCACCAGCCUAACCUUGAUGAAGGACGCGGUCAGUGACCAGGGCGACCGGGUGGGUCAGCUCGUCGGAGUCCAGAACCAACUGGGAGCUGCCAUUCGCAUUGCGCUGACCAAUGUCUUGUCACCGGGCGCUGCCACUGUAGCCGCAGCCACGCCCACAUCAGAUAGGAUGGAUGGCUACUACAACACGCCCCCGCCACCCGCGCAACAGUCGCGACAGAUGGGCGGUGGCAAUUGGGGCAUGGGUGGCGGCAUGGGCGGCGGCAUGGGCGGCGGCAUGGGUGGAAGCUGGGGUGGCGCGGGUGGUGGAAUGGGCGGCAUGGGCAUGGGUGGCAUGGGAAUGCUGACGCAGGUGAAAAGAAGCAGUGGUGACCCGAACGAAGCGCAGAUUCACAUGCAGAUUCCGCCAAAGUUCAUCGGUGCCAUCCUGGGGAAGGAAGGCGCACAAAUUAAGCAGGUUUUGGCCGAGUCAGGGUGCGCUUCGGUCUCUGUCACCAAGCGGGAGGCCAUGGGCAACGAAAGACGGGUUGUGAUUUUAGGAGGCAUUGAAGAGUGCAUUAAAGCACAGCAAGCAGUGCACCAGAUCUACACGGCAGCUGCCGCUCAGGCAGGUGAGGAGGCGUCAAGCUGCACGGUUUAUUUGAUGGUGCCAGCAAGCUCCGCUGGCGCGGUCAUUGGAAAGGAGGGGGCCAACCUCAAGCAGAUCCGUGAGCAGCUGGGCCUGCGGGUCACCUUAUCCAGAGAGCCUGUGGAAGGCUUUCGUCCAUGCAUGCUCACCGGAGCGUCCAUGGAGAACAUCCUGACAGCCGAGAGGCAAAUUCAGGAUCAGAUCGUUUCGGACCCGGGCCACAGCAACGGCAACAAGAGAUCGUUUGAUGCAAUGGCUGGACAAUCCUAUAGCAACGCCUACGCAAGCGGCUUGGAUGCCGGUGGCUACGAUGGCCACGAUUCAGGUUAUGCCAAUGCUAGCUACAACGCAGCUGCCCCGCCCGCUGCUUACGACCCGCCGCCUGCGCCUGAGGCCAAGCGGAUGAGACCGAGCGGGCCGGGAGAUGUCAUGACGAAGCUGUUAGUGCCUGCUGGUGCUGCUGGCGCCAUCAUUGGGAAGCAAGGCUCCAUGCUAAAGCAGAUUCGAGAAAGUUCCGGAGCGAGUCUUGAGGUGGUGCCGCAGGCUCAGACGCCCCAAUUCCUGACGGAGCGCGUCGUUUACAUCAAGGGUAGCCGCGAGUGCCGACAAGACGGCAUGCAGAAGGUCCUGAUGGCAGCCUUUGAGAAAGACCAGAUGAACGCCUUGCUGAAGAUGCUGGUUCCCAGCAACUUGGCGGGUGGCAUCAUCGGGCGCCAGGGCUCUAACCUGAAGGCGAUUCGGGAGCAGUGCGGCCUCAAUGUGCAGAUUGAUCGAGAAGAAGUUUACGGAGAGCGCUUAGUCUCCGCGGGUGGCCCGCUGAACUCCGUGCUGGGCGCUGCAACCAUGGUGCUGGAUGCGGCAGAGGCCGCAACCACCAGCAGAGGGCCACAGGAGCCGAAGAUGGCACUGGAGUGAGAAGCCAGCUGACACCCAGCGAAGUACCGGCGCCAGCACAGUUGCCCC